GUUGGUUACUUGGCCCGUGACUAUUCGAGUCUAAGAUACAACAGCCGAGUGCUGCAUCAGUGUAUAAUCCCUGUCAUCCGCUAUCAUGGCGUUUGGUACUCCCAAACGUAUUGACGUCAAAUACGAUGCAGAAACUGUCGGGAAUAUGCUCUCACUGCUUAAAGCUUCACCAUUUCCUGACAGGGCGCCAAUCGACGCAGACACUCCUUGGGAGCUCGGCAUUGAAUACGAGUAUCUCAAGAAACUCAGGGAGACAUUCUCGACUCAAUGGCGCUGGGAAUCGCUUGAAAGGAAAAUCGCAAAAUUUGAUAACUGUUUGGUUCAUUACGAGAAAGAUGACGAUGUUCUGGACUUGCAUUUCGUUCACGCGAAGAGUUCUAGGUCUGAUGCGAUUCCUCUUAUACUUCUGCACGGUUGGCCGGGAACUUUCUUUGACUUUCACAAAGUCAUCGAACCAUUGACCAACCCACCAAGGUCCGACCUCCCAGCAUUCCACGUAGUAGUGCCAUCACUACCCGGAUACUUCCUCUCAACGCUCCCAAGACGCGAUGGUUGGAGCCUGGUUAAUAACGCUCACGUCUUCAACGGCCUUAUGACUUCCGUUCUCGGGUACAAAAAGUAUGUUGGACAAGGCGGAGACUGGGGAUCUUUUAUUUUACGCGUCAUGGCUUGCCUCUUCCCAGACUCCGUCACCCUUAUGCACUUCAACAUGUUCAGGACAACACCCGUGCCAAAUAGGGACCCGUCUACUUUCUCUGCAGUAGAGAAGCGCAUUGUGGCGCGAGGAGAACAGUUUGCCGCUACUGGUCGAGGUUAUAAUAUAAUUCAGUCUACCAAACCAUUCACUAUCGGAAUAGCCAUCGCAUCUUCACCCCUGGCACUCCUAGGGUAUAUAGGGGAGAAGGUCUACGGAUGGUCCGACCCCGAGAGAGUUGAUGUCCAAGAUAUACUAGAUACUGUUGCUCUAUACUCCUUGAGCAAGUGCUUCCCGACCUCUGUAAUGAUUUACAAUCAGGCGAAAGAGCGUGAUGAGCUCAUGGCAGAGGCUAAAGGAAAUAAAUGGCUCCUCAAGAAUAAGUUCGGUUUCUCUGCCUUUCCAUAUGAGUCAGGUGCUGCGCCCAGAUGUGACAUCGAGCCACACGGUCCGUUGGUCUAUUACAAAGAGCAUACAAGUAGUGGACAUUUCCCUGCUCUCGACAGUCCGAAUGAGUUUGUGGAUGAUUUGAGAGAGUUCUUUGGAGAGCAUUGGGUUCGUGCGUGAAGGCUAAACGUUUGAUGAAGAUCGAGAGUUUACCUGGACCAUUGGUGUGGAGGAAUUCCUGGAAGAGAAAGAACGAGCCGAUUUCAAGGGAAAGUCAACAAGAAAAAUGUACAGUAGCACCAGUAAGUAAGUUAUAUGCAUUGGCCGAAAUUAGGUUAC